UCUGUCUUGCAGUCCAGGCAAGGAGAGAAAGCCAGCAUGACUUCCCUCCUGCAGGAUAAACUUCAGGAGAUCCACAGUCAGGCUCCUUCUCCCAGCAAAGACUUCCAUCACUUUACCAUCACCAAACCAGAGGUGAUCUGGAGGUCAUGGAGGAUUUCCUUUCAGCCUAAUCAAGAAAAGAUUUUCCCAAAGGAAGUGAGAAAACCCCACAGUGAUAUUUUGCUGAAUGAACAGUUACACAAGAGCUGUUUACCUGCAGUUUAUUUAGUAUCUAUUCUUUUCUUUUCUUCUUUUUACACAGAGCAAGUGCAGAAUAUCUUUGGUAACAAGAUGCUGGAAUACACGCUGAAUUUGUGUCAGGGAUGUUAUGAUUUCCUAGCUCGAAUGCCUGAUAACCUGAUUCUGCACAUCCUGUCAUUUCUUAACACAGAUGACAUCAGACAGCUGUCAAAAACUUGCAAGAAGUUUCAGCAGUUAUGUAGCCGUGAAGAACUAUGGGAAAGAGUUAGACGGCUACAAGAUAAACACACUAAUGAGCUGAAGAUUAUGAGGGUCCCAGUUUACAAGAAGCUAACAUACUUCAAUCAAAAGCCCAGUCAGAGAAGAUGCAGAGAAGACAGACCACAUUCUUUUAAAUGUGAUUGGCAAUUAUCAGACUAGACUGACAGACCACGCAUCUUUUUUAAUAUUAUGUUGCUAUUGUGAAUAAAACCCUAUUGUGGAGAUAAAAAGAAUUAUAAUAAGUAAAUAUGAAUUUUCUCUAGACAUGUAAGAGAUCACAGAGCUUUCCUUUCAUAAGUUAAAACUGAAAGGGUACCAUUAAUUUGAAAACCCCAUUCCUAUCUAAUUUUUUUUUUAAAUCUUUAUUACAAAUACUUCAUCAGAAAAAGAUUAGUGAUUUUUA